AAGUUGUUUUUUGGGAAUCUCUCUUAUUUGGUGCUCGAUCAAUAACAAAAAUUGUACAAACUAUUAAUUAAAACUGUGUUGAUGAGUGUUUGUACUCGAGUUUUUGCGCAUAAUGCCGUUAUUGAAUGUGUCUAGAUAUUAAUCGUAUUCAAACUUUGUUGUGAAGUCCUUCUGGCCUAUAUUUCAUUGAUGUUGAGGGCAAGUUUUAGGAAUGAGGGUGGAAGUUUAGUUACUAAAAUUUGAAGGCAAGAAGCAAGUUUUAUUGAUUGGUAUGUUUCGAUGAAGAAAUUUUUUGCACCAUGCAGAGUCAAGAAGGCCUACAGGGGUCUUUUGACCACAAACUAGCUUUAAUACAUGAAAUGAGCGCUCAUAAUUUUGAUCUGAUACGCUUCGCAUCGUACAGAACUGCUACAAAACUCAGAUUUAUACAGAAGAAAGUCAGUUUGCAUGCUGUCGAUAUAUGGAAUAUAAUCGAAGCAUUUAGAGAACAAGGUCUGCACGCUUUAGAACCCUCGCAGGAAUUAAGUGUAGCCCGUUUGGAAACUUUGUUGUGCUCCCUCUACCAUAGUUUAAAUAAAAGGGCCCCACCAACACAACAGGCUCACGUUGACGUUUGUGUAAGUUUGUUAUUGAAUUGGAUCCUGGCUGCAUAUGCAACUGUGGAUAAUGUGGGUAAAAUUCGAGUGUUUUCUAUUAAAGUUGCCCUGGCUUCCUUAUGUGCUGGCAAAUUAAUGGACAAACUUCGUUAUAUAUUUUCGCAAAUAUCCGAUGGAAAUGGUUUGUUGUUGCAAUGGAAAUUCAACGAAUAUCUUCAAGAAGUGUUGGCACUUCCUGCCGCUGUGUACGAAUCGCCGACAUUUAAUUACACAGAUUCUCUUGCCAAUACGAUUUUUAACCCAAACUCCAAAGUGACCGUAAACGAUUUUUUGGACGUUAUGAUGUCUGAUCCCGGUCCAGCAGCAUUGGUAUGGUUGCCUUUACUGCAUCGCUUAGCUACAGUUGAAAACGUUAUUCAUCCGGUGCAAUGCGACGCCUGUCAAAGGGAAAACUUCACCGGUUUUCGCUACACCUGCCAGAGAUGUCCCCAUUACACUUUAUGCCAAGACUGUUUUUGGAGAGGUCGAGUCUCGUCCCCGCACCAGCUGGACCACCACGUAAAAGAACACGCUUCUUUUUCGCCGAGUAAAACCAUCGGACAAUCUUUGAGGAAAUCGUUUCGAUGCGUUCCGGAUAGGCAGAAAAACCAUUUUCCGAGAUUUCCCGAACAACCAGAGAAGACUCUAAAUCUAUCUCAUAUUGUACCGCCAUCUCCGAUCCCUUCGCAUAACGGCUUCCCAGAGGGUAAUUUUCCAGCUUUCGAUGGAAUGGGCAGUCUGGAUAGCAGAUCUACAGCGAGAAGCUUGGAUAGCGCCCGCGAUGACGAACACCGGCUGAUCGCCAGAUAUGCAGCUAAGUUAGCGCAGGAAGCCCGAUCGGGAAUGAUACAUUUUCAGGGAAGAGUUCCUUCGGAAGCCUGCCUGGGCAUGGACUCUACAAGAGCACAACGAGAACUAAUCAAUCAGUUGGAGUCCAAGAAUAGGGAAAUUAUGAGAGAAAUAGCGAGACUGAGACGUCAACAAGAAUUGGAAAAUAGCGGCCACGCUACCGAUAAUCCGGCUUUGAUGAACGAAUUGCGCGCGUUGCGAAUGCGCAAAGAUGAAUUAGAAACGCAUUUAACCACUUUGCAGGAUUCGAGGCGCCAACUAAUGAUGCAGCUGGAGGGUUUAAUGAAGAUGUUGAAGAAUCAUCAAUCGUCUCCGAGGAGCACGCCUAACUCGUCGCCGCGAAGUACGAAAUCGCCUCCGUUGCCACCGGGUGUUCAGCCAUCGAGCCAGCCUAAUCCUCGAAGCGCCCCCCAAACUCCGAUGGGUAUGCCGUCGAUUAUGAGCAAUUCCAUGUCGAAUUCCAUGUGUCUCAUGGGCCAGAACGACAGGCAGCAUAUUCCACACUCGCAAAGUAACGGUAACGGAACGCCUGGUUCGAUAGGGCGUUCGCUGAGAAACGAUCUGUUAGAAGCCGCCGAUUCGGUUACAAACGCCAUGUCUACUCUAGUUAGAGAACUCAAUUCAGAGAGCGAAAGCGAAAACGAGAACGAAAUCGACGAUUGACCUACUGCAACGACGUGGGUUAGCGAGAAUUUCAUUGAAAAUGCUUCACGAUUCGCCAGCACAGGAAUCCGGAUCUGAUCGAUAAAAUGUACGUUGCUGGUUUUGUUUGCCGUUAAACUGUUUGAUAUAUGCAUAACCGAAAGUUUGGCCUAAGUGUUCGAAAUUUAUCCGGAAGGAACGUAUUCUAGCCGGUGUUAACGUUUGAAUGUAAUAAAAUUAGAGUUACACAAUGUAAUCGAAAUUCGCUUUUAGGGAUAGAUAUCGCCGCAAUAACGAUUUGAAUUCACUAAAAAAUUACUGGCCGAAAGUUAUUUUGUUAUUUUACGAGUACAUUUUUAAUAUUUAAGUACAUAAAUAUAUAAUCGUAAAAAGUGACACAAUGUUAACUAGUCCUAGUACUUAUUAUGUUAAAUUUAAAUUGAGUAUCGGUAGGUUAGAUACAAGAAUUGUAUUAAAAAAUGUAUACUAUUGCUGACUAAGAUUCAGAUUCCGCCACUAACAUUGAAAGAAUCUCAUUGUAAGACUUCCUCAAAUGAAUCUAAAGGUUGUUAGAUUGUUAUGUAUUAUAAUUAUAUUUGUAAAUAUUUAUCUAUAUAACUUUUAUUAUUUGAAUGUAAAUAUUUUAACAUGUACAUAGGUGUUUUGUAAAUACUUUAGGCGAUAUAAUUAGCCCGAAAUUCCAAUAUAUUGCGUGUCCACACGAAAACUUAAAUGGAAAUACUGCAGUUGCUUUUAAACAUAAAUUACUAUGCUAAAAAGCAACUGAAAUAAUUCUGUUAAAAGUUUUGUGGACAACUGGUGUAAUUUAGAAAUGUUUAGACUAAGAAUAAUGUGAUAUAUGUUAAGUACGGACCUGUGCUUCUCUUUGCUUUACCGUUU